UUCACUGAAUUCCGUGUUAUUGUGCCAAACAGGGAAAAAAUCUCCAGCAUCGUGUCAGUAUUUUGCGGUAAAUAUGGUCAGAGCUUGUUUGUUUUGCACGGUGCUAGCUAGCAGAGAUUGCACUGGAGGCUCCACCCUCUGUUUUCAUUCCACACAACAGAACAAGAUCCUGGUUUUUCAUCUAACAUGAAUGAUGCCAGAUGUCCAGCCUGGACUUUUCUUGAUGUGAUCAGUGUGUCUGACUUUAGAGUGAUUUUAUCAGUCAGCUCUCAGCUCUCCUUGGUUAAGAGUUAUGUAGCUGUAGUACAGUUAGAUGAUUCAGGCUGAUUAUUGUUACUGUGCACUGACAUAACACCAGGAUCAAAUCUGUAAAUCUAGCUAGAAAUCCUUUUUUUGUUUCUGUGUUUCUGUAUUUAAAACAGUCUUUAGAACAGAAAUAGGAAGGACAGUCUGUGCUGUGGAAGGGUGAGCCCAUUGUUUAGGAAUAAUUGGCCAUCUGGCUCUCUGACAUUAGCCUACAUCAAUAACUCAAGCUGUUUAAAGGCUGUAUCCCAAAUGACUCCUCACUCCAUACAUAUGUGCACUACCUAACAUAUAAAACAGUGUUUAAUGAUUAUUGACAUAAUCUAUUGCAAACUUUAGGACGGCUUUUUCUCUUAAAACAGGGUUAAAGAUUAACAUUUGGGCAUGAAGAUGGACAUAUUAUCAGUAUCAGCAACAAACCAGAGUUUCUGCUUUACAUCGACGUAGAAACCUGAAAAAUUAAUUUUUUUUGGGUCUGAGUGAUGAAUGAUGUCACAUCUCACUUAUUAAUCAGUCAAAUAAGAUAAUAAUAAUAAUAAGGAUUAAGACACUCGCACACACAGGGUGAAUGUCAGAACAAAUGUCACUGCUUGAAUACUUUAUGUAAGGAAUAUAACACAUAGGGGCAUGCAGUUAUAGGAAAAUAAUCCACGCCAGGGUGGUGUGAUGCAGUCUGAUGCAAAGCAGAGUUACUCUUUCUGCCCUGAAGUGGAUUGUUUUCCGAUAACAGCACAACCUGACAUGUGUUCGUCCUCUUACACCACAGCAAUUUGCUAACAAUUACAAUUUUAAGAUGCUCUUGGCAGAAAACCUACUGACUUACUAAGCUCUGAUACUGGAGACUCCUUCCAUAAAUCUUAAAUAAUCAGCUCCUAACAGAAAACAUAUACCAUAUCAACAACUGUGGAGUUUUCUUUGUUAAAUAACAACAUUUCUUUUUAUCAAUUUAUCAUUAGAUUAUAUGGAGCAUUUGUGUAUAUACUGUUACUACAGAAACCAUAAUGUAUUAGAACAAGUGCAUUAAUAUAAACUAGACAUUUGUGUUACACCCAGAACUACGGUCAGAGCUGCUGAAAAUUAAUCGACAUCUUGGGAUACGAGACUUCAACCUUGCUGUGACAAUUCUGGGCGAAACGAGGGAAGAUGAAGAUGAAAUACUACCACGGAAAGACUACGAGAGUUUGGAUUAUGACCGGUGUAUUAAUGAGCCAUAUGUGGAGGUGUUGGAGGGGAUGGACAAUAAGAAAGCCAAAAAGUAUGAAGCUGUCAAGUGGAUGUUGGUGUUUGCUAUUGGAGUAUCUACAGGCCUGAUUGGCGUGUUUGUCGAUUUCUUCGUGCAUCUCUUCACCCAGCUGAAGUUCAGACUGGUGGGAAAAUCUGUGGAGGAGUGCAGUGAAAAUGGCUGCCUUGCUUUGUCAUUGCUUGAACUUCUAGCAUUCAAUAUGGCAUUUGUCUUUAUUGCCAGCGUCCUGGUUCUGAUCGAGCCUGUAGCUGCUGGAUCAGGUAUUCCAGAAAUCAAAAGUUACCUGAAUGGCGUGAAGAUUCCAGGAAUCGUGCGAUUGCGCACCUUCAUCUGCAAAGCCGUUGGGGUUCUGUUCGCUGUAGCUGGAGGUUUGUUUGUGGGGAAAGAAGGACCCAUGAUCCACAGCGGAGCCAUUGUAGGAGCUGGACUCCCCCAGUUUCAGAGCAUCACCUUCAAGAAAAUCCGCUUUCAGUUUCCCUACUUCCGUAGUGACAGGGAUAAGAGGGAUUUUGUGUCUGCGGGAGCAGCAGCAGGAGUGGCUGCAGCGUUCGGGGCUCCCAUUGGGGGUACUCUCUUUAGUCUGGAGGAAGGCUCGUCUUUUUGGAACCAAGCUCUCACAUGGAAAGUGCUGUUCUGCUCCAUGUCGGCCACCUUCACUCUCAACUUCUUUCGCUCUGGAAUCAACUACAACAAAUGGGGUUCCUUCCAGCUCCCUGGCCUGCUCAACUUCGGAGAGUUUAAGUGUCCAGAUGGGGAUAAGAAGUGUCACUUAUGGACGGCGAAGGACCUGGCCUUCUUCGUGCUGAUGGGGUUGGUGGGCGGCCUGCUUGGCGCCCUGUUCAACUGCAUCAACAAGCGGCUCGCCAAGUACCGAAUGAGGAACGUCCACCCCAAAGCCAAAUUCAUUAGGGUGCUGGAGAGUCUGCUGGUGUGUCUGGUCACUACCGUGGUGAUUUUCAUGGCCUCCAUGACCCUGGGAGAGUGCAGGGAUUUAGUCUCCCCAGCAGCUAACAACACAACAGCGCUAGUCAGUGUGUCAGCAAAUGAGGAUGUGAACUCAACGAUACGGCGGUUCUUCUGCUCCAAUAAGACCUACAAUGACAUGGCAACUCUUUUCUUCAACCCUCAGGAGACUGCAAUACAUCAGCUGUUUCACCAAGAUGCCACCUUUAGUCCAGUCACCCUCUCUCUGUUCUUUAUGCUGUACUUUUUGCUGAGCUGUUGGACAUAUGGUGUCUCUGUCCCUAGUGGACUCUUUGUCCCUUCACUACUCUGUGGAGCCUCACUUGGACGCCUAGUGGCCAACAUCCUCAAAAUAAAUCUUCGUAUGCAAAUAUACUCAGGGACUUUUGCUCUGAUUGGAGCAGCUGCCUUUUUGGGAGGCGUGGUCCGCAUGACCAUCAGCCUGACUGUCAUCCUCAUCGAAUCAACCAAUGAGAUCACGUAUGGCCUUCCCAUCAUGAUUACACUAAUGGUGGCCAAAUGGACGGGAGAUUUGUUUAAUAAGGGAAUCUAUGAUAUUCAUAUUAAUCUGAGAGGAGUGCCGCUGCUGGAAUGGGAGACUGAAGUAGAAAUGGACAAACUAACUGCCAGUGACAUCAUGGAGCCCAACCUGACCUAUGUGUAUCCCCACACACGCAUCCAGUCUCUGGUCAGCAUCUUGAGGACCACCGUGUAUCACGCCUUCCCAGUGGUCACCGAGAACCGUGAUAAUGAAAAAGAGUUCAUGAAGGGGAACAUCCUUGUCAGCAACAAUAUCAGAUUUAAGAAAGCAAGCGUGUUGACACGGGCGGGGGAGCAGAGGCGGAGGUGCCAAUCGAUGAAAUCGUACCCCUCCAGUGAACUGCGUAACGUGUGUGAUGAGCAGGUAGGGGUGGAGCUAGCUGAGGAAGGUCAGGACAUCCUGCAGCAGAUGCUGGACAGGAGACACGUGCCAUACCCAAGUCUGUACCCGGAUCAGUCCCCCAGUGAGGAGUGGAGUAUGGAGGAGAGGUUCCGCCCACUCACCUUUCACGGCCUCAUCCUGCGCUCACAGCUUGUCAACCUGCUCAUUCGUGGAGUGUGUUACACUGAAAACCAGUCGAGUGCGUCUCAGCCACGACUCUCCUACGCAGAGAUGACGGAGGAUUACCCACGUUUCCCUGACAUUCAUGAUCUAGACCUCGCCCUCCUCAACCCACGUAUGAUAGUGGAUGUGACUCCGUACAUGAACCCAAGUCCAUACACAGUCUCUCCAAACACGCACGUCUCUCAGGUCUUUAACCUGUUCAGGACAAUGGGGCUCCGCCACCUGCCUGUUGUCAAUGCAGUAGGAGAGAUUGUAGGAAUAAUCACAAGACAUAACUUGACCCAUGAGUUCUUAAUGGCUAAGCUCAGACAGCAUUCCAUCACCAUCUGAGAUGAGCGCUCACAUCAUCUGUUAUCAGCUGCAGCCCAGACAGUCCCAGGUGUGUGUGUGUGUGUGUGUGUGUGUGUGUGUGUGUGUGUGUGUGUGUGAGCGCGUGAGCCACGUACUCGCACUGGGCCAGAAAUGCAGCUCUCACUGUUAAGCCAUUUCCGACUACUUCCUGGACCACUACAACAUGGUAAAGCAUGUUCAUACUGACUGACACAGAGACACACACACACACACACACACACACACAGGCAGACUUUAUCAUACUAAUUUAAAAGCUGGACAUGAACUCAUCAUGAAACUCCGUCUACAUUCUCAUGUAUGAUAUGAACAGAACUUUCACCUUGCUUUAUGAACCUCACUGUAGCACUUUGUUUUUGGACAUUGAUUAUGUUUCUGUGUUUUCAUGACCGUUUUCUGACAUAUUUGUAUUUGUGUUAAUAUGCUCUUGCACUAAAUGUUAAUUUCAGAAAGAAUUUACUGAAAGUAUGGCAUUAUAACAAUAUAUCAAAUCAUUAUAGUGAAUAUAGAUAGGUAAGGAUAUCCACCCCGCAGUGUUUCAUUUAUCAUUUAACUCCUUCAUAAACGUUCUAGUUCAGAGUCAGGUGUGUUGAAUUGGGAUUAAAACUAAACACAUAACACCUGAUCUCAGAAGCAGGGCACUUCCUGUAUUAGAUUGUUGAAAUAACAUUGUUGUCCUUGUUUUUUUAGUAUUAAAUUAAUACUCCAGCAUUUUUCAACUUACUGUCUUUUCCCUGCAUGUGUAAUGUAUGUGUGAUGACUACAGACAAUAACUGACUUUGACUGUUUCCCUGUACUGAGAACAGAACAAAAAGACAAGCUGUUUACUCCAAACUGAUUUAUAGUGGAUGCCUAAGGGAAGUUAUUGAAAUUUCAUCAAUCAACAUUUCAAAUGUGACUAUAUAACACAAAUUCAAAACUACAACCACGACACUAUAACAAUAGAAAAUCUUACCAAAGCUGCUGGGGCAACACUUUUCAUAGAGCUACAUGAUCACAUCAUGAAAACUGACAUAAACAUACAUAAACAUUUAUAAAGCCAUAUUCCAACAGGCUACAGCUGGCAUAAGGGCUGCUUUUGUCAAUUUUCAUGCUAAGGGACAUAGAUUUUUUUUAAUGUAAUGUUAUGAUACUUUCCAAACCAACAUACAUUAGAAAAUCAUAAUAACUGACGUUAUAAUUCUAUUGUGUCAGCGUUUCAUAUUUCUGCCUAUAAAUAUUUUUUUAUUAUUAUUAGAUAUUGAAAUGUGAUGACAAUAAUUAGUUAGUUUUUUACUGUUUCUGACCCAUAAGUAAAGUUUCAUUUAACUAUAUUUAAGAUUCAAAACAUCUGGCAAUGUCAUGGCACAAGGUAAUAUUAUGACAGUUAUGUAAAUUUUCUCUGACCCUCUUGGGUUUGAUGUCAGUCUAGUCACUAUUACAAAGUCUACAAAGUCAGUUGUCAUCACAUUCUAACAUAAGACAGCACAGAAAGUGUCAUAACUUUAUCUUUAAAAGAAAAAGUCAAACAGACUCAGGUGUUAUUGGCAACUUGACAUCAAAACUGACAAAAGUAGCCUUGAUGACAGCUGACGUCUGUUGGAAUAGGCCUUUAUAAAUGUUUAUGUUGGUUUUUCUCUGUUGUCACUCGAAUAAAACACAACUAUUGGCUUUCGAGUUGCACAACAGAAAAGCAUUCGCCCUAUAUGCAGGAGAAAAAUUGGUUGUGCUCUCUGGGUGGAAGGGAUGGCAUAUGCACUUCACUCCCUCCUGUCAAACAGAGCACCACUAGCCAAUCACAGGCAUCUGUGAGCUGAUGUAUGCGGAAGAGGGUAGAUAGCGCUUUCCUCCGAGUUUGUUCAGCUGCCCUGUGAUGCAGGAUGAGCAGGAGGUUGAAAAGAUACGGUUGAUAUGGUUUAAUGGUUACCUUAAGAAGUAUUACAGAAGUAUUAUUAACACAUAUCAGCAAAUUGUUCUUUCUGAAAAAAAAAAUUGUGAAAUCAUGCAUUACAGCUUAAUUUACAAAUAAUUUUAAAUAAAGAAAUGUUUGCCCCAGCAACCUCCCUUCAACUUCUUUUAUAAGUGAGUUUAGAGUAAACUGUUUUUUUGUUCUUUUCUCUGCAUAGGAAAACAUGUCAGCAUGCUCUACACAUGUAGUAGCUAUGGAUCAGAUUGAAAAACACUGGAGUAAUCUUUUAAGAUUGAAUUUUUCCACUCAAGCUUGCAGGAAGAAAUUCAAAGACACUCUGUGAACACGUAGAGGGACCAGCUUUAGUUCAGCUAUACUCAUUCUUGGGGAAUAAGCAUCAUACUGGAUGCUGUCUAAUAUUUCCAGUUUGGAAUAAUAUUUUAAGAAAUUGUAUAAUUGCUAUCACCAGAAGGAGCUCUCAUACAAAUGUUUUGGUCUCUUGGUCUAAAACUCUUGCUCCUCAGUUGUAACCCUUACACUUCUUACCAGACUGGAUUUGAUACCAGAGAAAAAAGUGUUACAGGGGAAAAAAGUCUUUCUCAGGGUGUGUCUGUAUUGUUGAACUGAUCAAACCACCACAAAAGGACAGGUUAUUAAUGACAUGUCUAAUACUGUGAUAUAAUAGUAGAAAAAACGCUUAGGCAUAGCAUCCACAAUUCACAUUUAUGUGGUAUAGUAAUGUAUAUAAUAUUGGAACUAUGCUAAGCUGACACAUGUAUGGCAUGUGUACACUAAGCAUUCCUUGUUUUUUUUUUUUAAUUAUCAUUAUUAUUUUUAUUAUUCUGUUUUUUAUUUAAGAUUAAGCUUCUGUGAAAUUUAUUUGCUUAAUGAUUUUUGCUUUUUAAGUGCUUUAAUAUGGAUCAAAUCAAUCAGUAUUAUAUUGGCAAUGUGAGUACGUGAAAAGCUACAGAUUGAAAAGUGCAAUCUCUGCUUGUUAAUAUAUCAUUCCAUUGAUUAUCUUUCAAGUGUUGCAUUUUCCUGACACUGAUUAUGUGAACCAAGUGCACUGUAAAAGUUGUAAAGGAACUUUUCUGCAACUCUUUUGUUACCAGAUCUUCAUCAUGUACUAACAUAAGCAUAUGCUGUAGGUGACUGUAAUUCUUCCCUCCUGUCUUACACCUUUCUGGACUACAGUGUAGAAAUGCUCUGUCCAUGCCAUGGAUUUCAAUUCAUUUUUACACAUAGCUGAAGUGAGAGAUUCAGGAUUUCUGAACAACUAGCUUUAUUCCGACAGAAUUUAAUGAAUGAAGCAGUUUUUAUAUUCUAACCGUUCACAUUAGUAUAAUUACAGUCUUAAGAUAGUCAGUGUGUCUCGAUAGCAGCAGACAAACUCCUCCAAACAUUUCCAAUAUUGAAUGAUGCUGGGUUUAUUAAUUUUGUUUAUAUUUACAUUUUCAGUAUUAUAUUCAUCUCUGCUUUUUAGUCAUCUGCAGAUCAUCUGCUUCUGAGAUUCACAAACAAGUCAUUUGACUCUAAGAUCAGUUAGUAAUGAAGUCACAUCUUCAAAUGCUUUUCUGAUUUAUUUAUGAAUAGAAAUUAAUUUAACCCCAGCCCUUUCUAUUACACAUACAUGCAUAUCUAUAUCCCCUGUUAAGUUUUAUGAGGAAAUGACAGUAUCUUAACAGUUGAUGAUCACAGAGACCUGACUGGCUUUUGUGUAGUACCCCACUCUUUUUUGCUUCUAUUAAUAAGGUUUUAUGUUCCAGUUGUCCUGCCUUGGUUUCUCUGUAACUGACACGCAUUGAGUGAUGCAAAGUCCUGUGCCUUUACCUGACUUAUAAUAAACAUUACUGCAAGCUCCUGAA